AUUAUGAUAUUUGCCGAACUUCUCAACAUCACAGCAAACUUGUUAACUUUAUACAGGAUUAUACAUCAAGCGAGAGACUUAUAAUCUUAAUUCAUCUUAUAGGUGCUAUUACAUUAAUGACGUCUCUGGUAUUUACAAUAAUUUUGUUUGAAGGAUUGUAUAAUCCAAUUGCCAGCGUUUGUUUUCUGAUUGGAUCUUUAUCUGUCGCCUAUUUAUAUGCGUUAUGUGGAAUUAUAUUAAUAGAUUUCAACAGUACCGUCAGAGAAGCUUUAUUCAGAACAAAUUGGUAUUUGUGGAACGUGAAGAACAGGAAGGCCAUGCUACUAUUUGCAACUAACACAGAAAAAACUUUGACUUUACGAGCUGGUCAGUUGAUACUCAACUACGAGCUAUAUGUUUGGAUGAUACACAAAGUUUUCAACCUAUAUACUGCACUUUUAUGCGUAAAUCCUGAAAAAAUGAAAUUUUAAAAAUAUUCAUAUUCUAGCCAGAAUUUGUUAGUUAAAUUGCAUAUAUUGUUUUGUUCAUUGUUGACCAACAAAAAUUAAUUUCUAAGAGAGAAUCAUGAUUAAAAUAUACAGUACGAAAAACGUUUGAUCCAUCUGAAUUUCGUAAGAGACAGUAAAGGUCUCCAGUUUAUCCUGUAGAGAGAGAUUUUUACUGUCUCUGUUGCGCAUGAUAUCUCUCUCAAAAAUCAAACGGGUAAAAUGCUUUUCGUGGUGUAUAAUUAUAAAUAUAAAAACCAUAAGUUGUAUAUAAUAAAAAUUAUUUAUUGUUUUUAUUUUAUAUAUAAGAAAUUUUUUAAUGAUUAAAUUAAAUUUAAGUGUAUUUUCAUUAGACAAAAUUAAUUUUUUUUGAAUACUUUAUUGCAAAAUAAAAUUUCAUUCUUGGGUCUCC